AUGCGCCCGAUUUUAGCGGGCGUCAAGUCGACCUCCAGGAACAGUACGGAGGACAACACCAAGCCCAUCCAUCUCAACUCUAAUAAUCCCAAUCCCAAUACCAAUUCCAAUACCACCACCGCCACUACCACCAUCAAUCAUAAUACCAAAGAUACCACCCCAUUCCGACGUCUCUCGAGAGCAGCCCUCGUCGAUGUCUCGAGCCAUGCCAACAUAAUGCGAGUGCCACCGUUGAAAGGCAAGAAUCCGAAUCUGAAUAUGCCCACCCACGACAACAAGAAUGCCGCCAGACCCCUCAAGCCCACGCUCGCCGCCCACGCCAGACCCGCCAAUCGAAUUCCCCUGACGCCCAAGAUUGCUGGCCCAGGUCCGCCGGUUCUUGCGACCCCGUCGACACGCCGACCUGCCCGUCCCAACAGCACUACGCCGGGGGAGAAGGAGGAUAUACCGACGCCCGUCUCGACGUUCUUGAGCCACCAUGUCACUCCCAGAUCAGGACCCCGCCGGGUGCGGGCAGAAAGCCCCAAGACUACAACGCCGGUGGGAACUCCUACGCCAGGUCCCAAUGAUACAAUACGAGGUACCGAGACCCCUCUUCUGUAUGGAUCCGGGCUGGGAGUUACAGGAGUCGAGAAAGAUGUCCCCAAACGCCUUGCGGUCUCGUUUAGUCCCGCGGUAUCAGGUGUUGGGCAUUCGAAUCUACCAGCACAGAAUGCACAGAAUGGACUUGGGGAUUCCAAGUUCUUCUUUGCCAGCGAGGCAAAGACAGCAGCAGCACAUCCACCUAGACCGCCAAUGCCGCCCAAGAAAUCCUCGACCUUCCUUUACGCGAAUGGGGAUAUUAUCCCGAAUCAACCACAGAGUUCCAGUGCAUCUGCGUCGGGAUCAACAGUGGGGGAUGAACGGAGUCAGCCAAAGUUCUUUCAUGCCAACGGCGCCCCGGACAUGCAGUCGACACUAUCCUCCUAUUUUCCACCCCCGAGGCCGAGCUCGGUUUUGUCUUCUGCCUCUCGGACAGCAUCACCCAGACUAGCAGCUGUGGACCUCAGUCCACUAUCCCCUUCUCAACGACCGUCGUCUCCUUCUAAACUCAACCAAAAUCCCUCCCUUUCCUCUACUAGAAACAUACCUACUUUACCAUCGCCAGUAAUACCCCGGCCACCGCACGCAGGACGGGGACAACCAGCUACCAACAUUGUAUCGAAACGCAGGGCCAGCAUUGAAGCAGCACAAAGGUUAAGCCACAGUCGGUCAGCCAGUGGGAGCUCAGCAGAUGGAAGACAUCCUCCCCCUAUGCGGAAAGCCUCUAUCUCCUCACACGACUCUUCAGCCCCCGGAUCACCUCUCAAUCUCACCACGACAUCCGUGCCCUUAACCACGCGGGAAGAAGUCCUUGAAGAAUUGGGUGUGAGUGAUCCGGCCGCUGAUAUCCGGAGCCCAAUCAAGACCGGUCAAUCUAUAGCUGAACUCAAUGAGCUGGCAGCCAAUGCUCGACGAGAACGUAAGGUACUGGAUUUGCAAAUCACGAACUCAUCGCUAGAGGCUAUCAACCGCACACUCGAGCGGGAAAUGAGGAAACAGACCACGGAACUGAGACGAUACCGCCGACUGAGUCGCUCUGGACGUUUCUCGGUCGCAGCUACAGAAUCUAUACAGACCUCCUCCGGUAGCGUCACUGUCGGAGGCGUUGGUGAAGGUUUCGACUUAUCAGAAUUGAGCGAAGAAGAUUCCGUUGAGGGAGAGGAGGACGAAGAAGAGGAAGGAGAGACGUCAGAUGAAGGCUCGCUUAGCCCGAGCGGGAUGGAAGAGAGCGAUUUCCGGCAUCGCAAACGCGAUGAGAAGCGCCUGCGGCUCGACCUCACCAAACACCAGCAGCUGCUCGUCGACUCUCAGAAAAUGAACCAGAGUCUCAAGCGCUGUCUAGGCUGGACAGAAGAACUUAUACGCGAAGGCCGCAAAGCCCUCGAGUAUCGCGUGCGGGUCUGCGACGUUGAGCUUGGCGGCCGUGUGCUUGCGCCUGAUGAAAUCGACGGUGCUAAUGGGGGGCGAGAUGCAGAGGAAGCGGAUAAUGAGGGGAUGAGUGAUAUCGGUGCGAGCCUUUUGAGAGAGGCACGUAAGAAGGCGAAGGAGAGUGGGAGGGCGAGUCCGCCGUGGGGUAAGGUUGGGAAGGAUGAUAGGGAUAGCGGGAUUGAGCUUGAUGGAGCGCCGCGGGAACAGUUGGGGCUGGAGCAGUAA